UUCUCCUUGAUUCUGGGAAACUUAGUCAUUUGUUCUCUGAGUCAGCUUCACGGCGGGUAAUGUCACAUCACAUUCUUUUGGGACUGGGCCAGUAACCAGCAUGCUUGCCAGCGCUUCGGCAAUGAGCUCAUCAGCCUCUCGGCUCCCCCAGUCCUGGCCAGGAGCUGCACUGGAAUUAAUACUGUCACUGCCGCAGCCCUCACCAAGAUUGCUCUUUCUUUUCCUGUGUCCGUCAUGUGCUGGCCCUUGCUGUCACCAGGCGAGGCCUAACCCUUCUCCUUCAGGAAGCCUUCCCAGGCUGAGGCUCUGAGAUGUGAUGCUAGGAAUUCAACCCAACUCAUUGUUGCCUGAAAAGCCUUGUCUCAGGGACUGCUGAGGAUGUAAACACAGCGGGCACCCGAGAAAGCAGAGGAAGGACGGACGCGGAGCUCCGCAGAGGGACGGAAGGAGGCCUGGGGAGCACGGGCAUUUCAGCUUGACCUUGGAUUCUGUACAGUGGGGCUGGCACAUAGCAGGUGGGCUCCACGACAGUCAGGCCUUCCGUAAACCACCGCUUCAGCGACGAUGCUAUAAGUUACAAGUCUGAACAUUGGUGUCUAUGGAUCUGCUCUGACUCCUAGAGCCUGCUUAUGGGGGAAGGUGACACCUUCUGGGCCCCAUCUGUCCUUCCUCACGGCAUCCUCGGCACCUUAAGCCACCACCCCCAGCUGCAUUUUGGGAGGAAGAUGGAGUCCAAGGUCUCAGAAGGUGGCCUGAAUGUGACCCUGACAAUCCGCCUGCUGAUGCAUGGAAAGGAAGUUGGAAGCAUCAUCGGGAAGAAAGGAGAGACUGUGAAAAAGAUGCGUGAGGAGAGCGGUGCCAGGAUCAACAUCUCGGAGGGAAACUGCCCAGAGAGAAUCGUGACCAUCACGGGCCCGACUGAUGCCAUCUUCAAGGCCUUUGCCAUGAUCGCCUAUAAGUUUGAGGAGGACAUCAUCAACUCCAUGAGCAACAGCCCUGCCACCAGCAAGCCCCCGGUGACGCUGAGACUGGUGGUCCCUGCCAGCCAGUGCGGGUCCCUGAUCGGCAAAGGCGGCUCCAAGAUUAAGGAGAUCAGGGAGUCCACAGGUGCCCAGGUCCAGGUGGCCGGGGACAUGCUGCCCAACUCCACGGAGCGGGCGGUGACCAUCUCGGGGACCCCCGACGCCAUCAUCCAGUGUGUCAAGCAGAUCUGUGUGGUCAUGCUGGAGUCCCCACCGAAAGGUGCCACCAUUCCCUACCGCCCAAAGCCCGCCUCCACCCCUGUCAUUUUUGCAGGUGGUCAGGUAAGAGCCGACCCGCUCGCGGCCUCCACUGCCAACCUCAGCCUUUUACUGCAGCCCCCGCCGCUGCCCGCCUACACGAUCCAGGGACAGUACGCCAUCCCGCACCCAGAUCAGCUGACCAAGCUCCACCAGUUGGCCAUGCAGCAACCCCCCUUUCCUUCCCUCGGACAGACCACCCCCGCUUUCCCCGGAGAAAAGCUGCCUUUACACUCCUCCGAAGAAGCUCAAAAUCUGAUGGGCCAGCCCUCAGGUCUGGAUGCCAGCCCCCCGGCCAGCACUCACGAGCUCACCAUUCCCAAUGAUCUAAUAGGCUGUAUAAUUGGACGCCAGGGGACCAAAAUCAAUGAAAUUCGACAGAUGUCUGGAGCUCAGAUCAAAAUUGCCAAUGCCACGGAAGGGUCGUCGGAGCGACAGAUCACCAUCACAGGGACCCCAGCCAACAUCAGCCUUGCCCAGUACCUGAUCAAUGCCAGGCUGACGUCUGAGGUCACUGGGAUGGGCGCGCUCUAAUCCCGCCCCGCGUCCUCCAUGCCGCGAACGCUGGCGUCCGGCCGGCUCGCGCGCUCUGUACAGACAGCCCGCCCUUCCUCACAAGUACAAAUAGAGGUUUUCUUUACUAGCAGUGGUCUGUGCCAUAGAGGCCCACACAGCACCCAAGCAAACCCUCCACCACAUGUGAGCUCCAGGCCUGUCCCUGCCACCGCCCCGUCGCCCGUUGCAUGGCCACGCGGUGUCACUUCUUUUCAAUGCUUUGGGGCGUUCCCACGUGUGCCAUUUUACAAAUGUUGUUCCUUAGUGUCAGUGUAACUGUUCAGAGUUGGUUUGACGUUUUGACAGCUCUUCCCACAAGCCGUCCUCUCCGUAACCUCCCAGAGCUGUGACUGCCGUGUCUCACCGACCGCUCCACCCCCCUGCUGACUUUACUCCCCUCUCAGCCUCGCUUGUGUUGGUCCAUCUGUCCACGCAGGUCCCGUGCUGGGGUCAGGGCGUGCCCCUCCCCUUGUUCCAAAGGAAGGAAGAAGGGGGUGCCGGGGUUCUGACCCGACACAGGUGAAGUGGGGGUCUAGGGCCCUGACCUCACAAAGGUGUCACUGGAUGGGGAGACACGCAUAGGCCCCUGGGUGGCUGGAGGGGUGGCUGGAGGGUGCAGACUGGCCAGAAGCGCCUGUGACCUCGUCAGGGUUCAAUAAAGGUCAUGGGCUGCCCGCA